UGGCCUCGCAUCCCGGACCCUAACCCCCUGUCCCGCGUUGCCGUUGCCCCUCCCCUUAUCCUCUGACCCCCCUCCUAAAUGCUCCCACUAGUUGAGUGUGAAUGGGUCAUGUGGCGUUCUGCCCACCAGCUCAAGUGCGUUUGUUCUGUGCCGAUUGUUUUAAAGGAUUCUGCCUCCAUCAACAGAAAAUUGGAGGGGAUAACCUUUUGGAAUUCAGCCUGAAGCCUCCUCUUUGACACUUUGCUCACUCCUGGCUUGCACUCUUUCUCACUCCUCUCCCCCCCGAGGAAGAGCUCCCACUUAAGAGGGUUUAUUUAUCCUGAGGAACUCAGUACAAAAAGCCUUAGCCAGCAUCAUCAUCUCACUCAUGAUGUACAGCUUCAUGGGAGGGGGCCUGUUUUGUGCCAUCGUGGGGAACAUCUUGCUUGUGGUCUCCACGGCUACAGACUACUGGAUGCAGUAUCGUCUGUCUGGCAGCUUUGCCCACCAAGGCCUGUGGAGGUACUGCAUGUCUGGCAAAUGCUACAUGCAGACUGACAGCAUUGCCUACUGGAACGCCACUCGAGCCUUCAUGAUCUUGUCUGCCAUGUCGUGCUUCGCUGGCAUCAUCGCAGGAAUCCUCUCGUUUGCUCACUUCUCUGCUUUUGAGAGGUUCAACCGCUCGUUCGCUGCUGGGAUCAUGUUCUUUGUGUCAACACUCUUUGUUCUCCUUGCAAUGGCCAUUUACACCGGGGUGACGGUAAACUUCCUGGGCAAGCGCUUUGGUGACUGGCGUUUCUCUUGGUCCUACAUACUAGGCUGGGUGGCACUGCUCAUGAACUUCUUUGCAGGUAUAUUCUACAUGUGUGCCUACAGAAUGCAAGAGUGCAGGAGAGUAGCAGGCCCACGCUAAAGGAAGCAUGAAAAACCACAUUCAAACUGAAAACCAUGUCAUCCAUUUAAAUAUACUCAACUUCCUGGAGACGAAUAAAAAGUGGGAGUUUGCAUGACCACCAAA